AUGCGGUCGCCAGCGCUCGCCCUGCUGCUCGUGGCAGCGCUGGGAGCGUUGUCAUGCUUGGCCGCGGGUGCUGAGGCCGUAUCCCAAGCCGUCGAUGUCACGGUCUCCGAUACGCAGCCCUUGGUCUCCGAUAACCGCGUCACGCGGGACUUGCAGGAGCUGACGGCUAUCGCGCAGGCGCAGGUCGGAUCCAAGACGUUCGCGUUGGUGGACAGCUACGACUGCGACAACGGCAUGGUGACCACCGUGCGGAAGUUCUUCAAGGCCAACGACGAUACGUUCGACACGUGCGUGGCCGACAGCGGCUACCAAAUGUACCCGUACACGGGCAUCGUCCCGGACGCGAAAACCGUGACGGGGCUCAUCAACUCGAACGCGUGCAUGGGCAUCGUCACGGCCGUCGUGCUGCUCAACAUGCCUCCGUGCGAGCUCGACGACCUGCCGAUGCGCGCCGCGUGCGAGACGAUCCUGUACUACUCGAUCGCGCUGCGGCACGGCGCUAGCGCGCCGUCGUCCGACCAGUUCAACGAGCUCAUGACUUGGCGGCGCGACGUCAACCUCGCCAAAGCCGCCAACAAACCGCACGACGCCAAGUCCGCGACGUACGCGGAGUUCACCAAGAACGUGCGCAAGGCGCUCACCACAAGCAAAGUCACGGUCAUGGACAACUUCACGGUCAUCCUCGACGACGAAGAAGCGGACUCGAUCGAGAUGAAGGACGGGAAGCAGCCGUCCUUCGUCUCCACCAACUCGUCCAUGGACUACUUCGUGGGCAAGGUCACAGCGGCCGAGAACGGCGUCGACGACGGCCCUGUCAAGGGCGGAACGGCGACGUUGUCGUCCCAGACCGUGGCUGCUACUCAGGAAACCUCAGGUACUUCAAGUGUGACGACCAGCGCCAUGACGAUCGCAAUGUUACUAGUGCUAGCCGUCGCCGGCGUGUAG